AUGAUGGAUAAAAUUGUCAAAAUGCCUCAACUGAAGUAUUUACUUGAGGAGUUUCCCAAGAAUAUGAAAUUUUGUUUUGCUUAUGGAUCAGGUGCGUUCAAACAAAUCAACAACGAUGACAAUAACAUGUUGGAUCUCAUAUUCGUUGUACGCAAUGCUAACAAAUGGCACACAGAGAAUUUGGCGAAAAAUCCCAAGCACUACGCUCAACUAUUAAGAUAUCUCAGUCCUAAAGUGAUCACUAAUGUCCAAGAAGGAUCGGGCGCUAAAAUAUUUUACAACACGUUGGUGAGAACAAACCAAGAUCAGCUUAUUAAGUAUGGCGUGAUAUCCGAGGUUUCGUUGGUGGAAGAUUUAUUAGACUGGAACGAUCUGUACUUAGCUGGGAGAUUGCAUAAACCGGUUAAGGUAUUGAUGGAACCGGACGAGAAUUCUCAACUGCGUACCGCACUGGUGCAGAAUUUACAUUCGUCUGUGCAUGCAGCUCUGUUGUUGCUGCCUGAACAUUUUACAGAGAUUGACUUUUUCAAAAGGAUCACCAGUUUAUCCUAUCACGGCGAUUUUCGAAUGAUUUUCGGUGAAAAUAAAGAUAAGAUCAGCAACAUUGUAUUGCCACAAUUGCAUCAUUUCAAGCAGUUGUACGAACCGAUCUUGAAACAUUUUGACAAUUACGUAGAUAUUCCAAAGUCAAAUGACAUGGCUAUCAUGUGUAAUCAAGACACCAGCCCGACGACUAAAAUUCACCAUUUGAAUCAUUUACCCAAAACGCCCCAGAUUAAACUAGUCAGGAUGUGGUCACAUGGGCCAAGAUCGAAAGACACGGAAGAUUGCUUGCGUGCGAUCGCACACGAUCCUGAGUGUUACGAUUUGUUGGAUCAAUGUUUGAAAGAGAUCGUUUGGAGGUCUAGCGUAACGCAAAGUCUAAAGGGAAUCGUAACCGCGGGUCUUGUAAAAUCCGUUAAGUACAGCGGCUCCAAGAUAAUUAAGAUGUUACAGUCCAAUCCGUUACCCAAGCCUGAUCCGAAUAAAAUCAAUAAAAUUGUUGAAACUGUUGUAAAGAAGACAAAGCCUAAGAACGCUGAGAAACGCGUCGAGUAG